AUGUUUCAUUACCUUGAGGACUGUGCUGUUUAUCAUUCAUUCAAUGGUUUAAAUGAACGUUUCAAAAAUUUAAUUUUACGGCAUCAGUUGAAGUGGAGUUCUAAUCCGAUUUAUUGUCCUGUUUGUGCAUUUAAGUUUAAUACUGAUGAAUAUUGUCCACUAAUCCUGCCCCAAUGUCACCAUACAAUAUGUAAAAUGUGUAUUCAAAACGUUGAUAGUAAAAAAUCAUGUCCAUAUUGUCAAUUAACAUUUGAUGCUGAACAAUUAUCUCUUAAUUAUGCUCUCUUACCAUUGAUAAAUAAAAAGUCAACCGAAUGGGAUGUUGCUCCUGAAAUGAAAGUAGCCUUCCAUCGUUAUGCACUGCAUUAA